AUGCCACUUUCCGUCGGUCGGUCGAGUCUCUCGGAGAAAGUUAACGUGCCGUCAUCACCGAAAGGCCCCGGUGGUUCUAUGAUCUGUCAACUAGACUCGAUGAGAAAGGGGAUAUUUCCAUUUGUAGCGAAUAGUUGGCGUGAUCUGCUCACCAAGGCUGCACUGCGUGGUUUUACGGGUGUUGGUGAUGACAUGUUGAUGAUAGGCGGCUCAGUGGAUAAACUGCAAGCCCAAGAACGACAUCAACAAGCGAUGACAGAUAGUGGCAAGACGUUAGUACAAGACAUCAAACUGUUUCAAAAUGACGUCGGCAGUGUAACGAUAAUCUAA